AUGGCACAAAUGCCAUCCUUUCACUCCCUCAGACAUAUCAACCUUGUCUCCCUUGUUCUCUGUCUUUCAUAUUGUGCUUGCACCACCGCUGGCGCCAUUUACAUCGGAAAUUCCAAGAAUGCUCCUCCGAAGGACUAUUCUUUACAAAGAGAUGGUGCAAGUCGUAUGUUUGGGGUUUUCAAUGCUAUUUCAAUCAUUGCCACCACAUAUGGCAAUGGAAUUAUCCCCGAAAUACAGGCCACAAUAGCUCCUCCAAUCAAAGGCAAGAUGUUCAAAGGGCUGUUGGUGUGUUAUGCAGUUGUGUUCUCCACUUUUUUCAGCGUUGCAAUCUCUGGGUAUUGGGCAUUUGGAAAUCAGUCUCAGGGCUCAGUUCUUUCCAAUUUUAUGGUUGGUCACAAGGCUUUGGUGCCAAAAUGGUUUCUUGUAAUGACCAAUGUCUUCACUCUUGUCCAAGUAUCGGCUGUCAGUUUGGUCUACUUGCAACCAACAAAUGUAGUUAUAGAGCGCCAGUUUGCCAACCCAAAGAAGGACCAAUUUUCCAUCCGAAAUGUUGUGCCGCGACUGAUAUUCCGGUCACUGUCAGUAGCCGUAGCAACAACUUUGGCUGCAAUGUUGCCCUUCUUUGGAGACAUCAUGGCAUUAUUUGGGGCAUUUGGUUGCAUUCCUCUAGAUUUUAUCUUGCCCAUGAUUUUCUACAAUGUCACAUUCAAGCCCUCCAAGAGAACCUUAAUUUUUUGGGGCAACAGCCUCAUUGCCAUCGUCUCCACCGUGUUAUCGUUGAUAGGGGCAGUAGCGUCAGUGCGACAGAUGGUUCUUGAUGCCAAGACAUAUCGUUUGUUUGCUAACAUACAAUGAGAACAAAGAUCAUACUCAAUACACAAGAAACAACUGCGGGUUCAGUUCCACAUAUAUGUAUGGGUAACUUCUAGGAAACAAAGAUAAGAAUGUAUUAUACAAUGUAUGGACUAUAUUUGAAGCAUUCAGCAUUUGUAAGAUCUGCAAAUUGACGUUGUAACUAGC